CCAAGCGUGAAAUGCUCGGCAGCCUCGUUGAGUUUGCGCUUCACUUAGCAGCUUAACACCAAAGCUGCAAUAACGCCGACGCCAGCACUAAUCCCAUCAGCUCAGACAGCUACUCGAUAACAGGGAACUGGCUAAUAUUCCCCUGUGUGGCUCCAGCCCGAGCCACUGCCACAAGCUGAAGGUCACAGCAUCGUUCGGUGGUGUCUCCUGGAGGGGUGGCCCAGGUGCCUCGCAGACAAACUGAAAUCCCAUUCCUAUCUCAUUCUAUCCUCACCAUCCCACCCCCACCCCCAUGCCCAUCUUCAUCUCAUUUCUGGUGCCCCGUGCCAUUGCAAAGCCCUGCACGAGCCGUCGGGGUGGGCGAGGGGCCAACGAGGGCAGGCACCGGGCACUCGUGCAGCGCACACAGUGUCUUGGCUGCAAAGGCUGGGAAAAGGGCAGGCAGUUCCUGCCGGCAGCCCGAUGCCAUGGUGAUGGGAGGGCGAGGGCUGCCGCCUCCAUGAAUACCCAUGAGCUGGGGGAGCCGGGAGGCUGCACGCACUGUGCCUUGAAUGCAAAAGCCCCAGCGCGUCCCCGCAGCACAAAGAGCUGUGGCUGCGCACGGGACCGGCGCCGUCCGACGGCGCUGCUGCUCAGCCUCCAGAGCGAGGUCUUCGAGGGGCUCCUGCGCAAUCAGAGUGUUGUCACCCUGUAUGAGCCGCCUGAAACCGCUGCGCUCUUUGAGAAGUUCAUCAGGUACCUGUACUGUGGAGGGGUUUCCCUCCUACUGCACCAAGCCAUCCCCCUCCACCAGCUGGCCAGCAAGUACCGGGUGUGGGGGCUGCAGCGUGGCGUGGCUGACUACAUGAGGAGCCACCUGGCCAGCGAGUCGAGCCAGGGCCACGUAGUGGGCUGGUACCACUAUGCUGCACGCAUCGGGGACACGGCGCUGCAGGAGAGCUGCCUGCAGUUCCUGGCCUGGAACCUGUCGUCUGUGCUCGGCAGCGCUGAGUGGGCUUCGGUCAGCAUGGAGCUGCUGCUGCUGCUGCUGGAGCGCUCCGACCUGGUGCUGCACAGUGAGCUGGAGCUCUACACCGCUGUGGAGGCCUGGCUGGCCCGGCGGCAGCCCGAGGACGCUGUGGCUGAGCGGGUGCUGCGUGCCAUCCGUUACCCCAUGAUCGCGCCCAGCCAGCUGUUCCGGCUGCAGACGCAGUCGGCGGUGCUGGUGCGGCACUACAGCGCGGUGCAGGACCUGCUCUUCCAGGCCUUCCAGUUCCACGCCGCGUCCCCUCUGCACUUUGCCAAGUACUUUGACGUCAACUGCAGCAUGUUUCUGCCCCGCAACUACCUCGCACCCAGCUGGGGCUCCCAGUGGGUCAUCAACAACCCGGCACGGGAUGACCGCAGCACCAGCUUCCAGACCCAGCUUGGGCCCAGCAGCCACGACUCCGGCAAGCGGGUGACCUGGAACGUGCUCUUCUCUCCACGCUGGCUGCCCGUCAGCCUGCGCCCCGUCUACUCGGACUCGGUGUCCAGCGCCAUCCAACCGGUGCGCAUCGAGGACGGCCGCCCGCGCCUCGUUGUCACCCCGGCCACCAGCAGCCCCGACUUUGCUGGUGUCAGCUUCCAGAAGACGGUGCUGGUGGGUGUGCGGCAGCAGGGCCGCAUCUUUGUCAAGCAUGCCUACAGCUUCCACCAGAGCUCGGAUGAGACGGCUGACUUCCUCGCCCAUGCCGACCUGCAGAAGCGCACCUCCGAGUACCUCAUCGACAAUGCCCUGCACCUGCACAUCAUCAUCAAGCCUGUCUACCACUCCCUCAUCAAGGUGAAGAAGUAGUGGGGCUGUGGGCAUGGGGCUCUGCCUCUUUGUCCCCUCUCUGUAGGUAGAUGGGGGCUCCUCUGCUGCCUGCCUCUUCCUGCUGUCCCCCCUGCCAUCCCUGGGUGCCUGCAGGGAGCACAGCGAAUGUGCAACCGUGUGGCGUGGGGACGUGGGGACGGCCCCUGCAGUGCCACCUCUGCACUGACAUGGCUGCAGCUUGGGGUGUGUUGGGAUGGGGGUCCAGCUGCCUCCCCCAGCAGAGGACACUUGUGGAGCGCAGCGCCUUGUUCCUGCCUGGGUUUCCUUCACCUCCUUCCUAA